AUGGCGCCAAGAUAUCUGAAGCGCGGCGAGGCUGCGUCCAAGUCGUCAGACGGACCAACCAUUGAUGUCGCCAGCAUUGUCAAAGGUGUAAUCGAUGACAUUCGGGCCAAUGGAGACGCUGCAGUCCGCAAGUAUUCGGAAAAAUUCGACAAGUGGAGUCCCGAAGCGUUCAAGCUGUCGAAAGAACAAAUAGACGCAGCUAUCGCGGCGGUACCCAAGCAGACUGUGGAAGACAUCAAGCAAGUUCAGGCCAACGUCAGAAAAUUUGCACAGGCACAAAGAGAUUCUUUGAAAGAUUUUGAGCUGGAGACCCAGCCGGGCGUUUUCCUAGGCCAGAAGAAUGUUCCCAUAUCUGUGGCCGGGGCUUACAUCCCAGGCGGCCGUUACCCACUGCUGGCAUCAGCUCAUAUGACUAUUCUGACGGCGAAAGUUGCAGGUGUCCCACACGUCAUUGCGGCCACACCACCUAUUGGCGGGAAGAUUCCGAACGCAACAGUCGCGGCCAUGCACUACGCCGGAGCAGACGAGAUAUUCAUCCUCGGUGGCGUACAGGCCAUUGCUGCAAUGGCUGUCGGCACGGAGACGAUUCGAAAGGUUGAUUUUAUCGCUGGUCCUGGCAAUGCCUUUGUGGCUGAAGGCAAGCGACAGCUUUUCGGAGAGAUUGGUAUUGACCUGUUCGCGGGUCCGACGGAGAUCCUCAUCGUCACAGACGAAACGGCGGACCCGUUCACGGUUGCAACAGACAUUCUGUCGCAGGCGGAGCAUGGCCCGGAUUCCCCAGCCGUGAUUUUGACAACGUCGGAGAGCGUUGCGAGAGAGUCGAUGAGAAUAAUCGACCAGCUGUUGAAAGAGCUUCCAACUGCACCUCUUGCCGGCACUUCGUGGAGAGAUUAUGGCGAGGUCGUGAUAGCCGAAUCGGAGGACGAGCUAUGGAGUCUAGCAGACGAGUACGCAAGCGAGCAUGUCCAAAUAUUUACCAAAAACCCUAGAGAUGCUCUAGUCAAGAUGUCGGCCUAUGGCGCACUGUUCCUGGGUGAGAAGACUUGCGUUUCCUAUGGUGACAAGGUCAUCGGGACGAACCAUGUGCUGCCAACUAGAAAGGCUGCUCGGUAUACUGGAGGCCUUUGGGUAGGAAAAUUUCUCCGCACAUGCACGUAUCAAGAAGUUCGGGAUCCCAAAGCCAGUGGUGAAUUAGGACGUCUUUGUGGAAGAGCAGCGAGAGCGGAGAACUUCGAAGGCCAUGCUCGAUCAGGAGAUUUGCGCGCUCAGAAAUAUCUUAAGGACAAUUAUGACUGGAUCGGCAACUGCGAAAAUGCGUUGAAUCAAGCAAAGAUAUAG